AGCUUGCCAUAACUCCCUGAGAUCUCCCAGGUGGCGGCUGCCUCUCGCAGACAGGCUCACCCACAAUGACCAAAUUGAGCACCCAGGUCAAAGGCUCUCUCGACAUCACCACUCCGGGCUUGCACAUAUGGAGGAUCGAGGCCAUGCAGAUGGUGCCUGUUCCUUCCAGCACCUUUGGGAGCUUCUUCGAUGGUGACUGCUACAUAGUCUUGGCUAUCCACAAGAAUGGCAACAAUGUAUCCUAUGACAUCCACUACUGGAUCGGCCAGGACUCGUCCCAGGAUGAGCAGGGGGCAGCUGCUAUCUACACCACGCAGAUGGACAACUACCUGAAGGGCCGGGCCAUCCAGCACCGUGAGGUCCAAGGCAACGAGAGCGAGGCCUUCCGAGGCUACUUCAAGCAGGGCCUUGUCAUCCGCAAAGGGGGCAUUGCUUCCGGCUUGAAACAAGUGGAUACCAACUCCUACGAGGUCCGGCGGCUGCUCCAUGUCAAGGGCAAGAGGAACGUGGUGGCUGGAGAGGUGGAGGUGUCUUGGAAGAGUUUCAACCGUGGGGAUGUUUUCCUCCUGGACCUUGGGAAGCUUAUCAUCCAGUGGAACGGGCCAGAGAGUAACCGCAUGGAGAGACUCAAGGGCAUGACCCUGGCCAAGGAUAUCCGCGACCAGGAGCGGGGUGGGCGUGCCUAUGUGGGCGUGGUGGAGGGGGAUAAUGAGAAGGCUUCCCCGAAGCUGAUGGAGGUGAUGAACCACGUGCUGGGCAAGCGGAUGGAGCUGAAGGCAGCCGUGCCCGACACGGUGGUGGAGCCCGCGCUCAAGGCCUCCCUCAAGUUGUACCACGUGUCUAACUCAGAGGGAAAACUGGUGGUUAGAGAAGUUGCCACGCGGCCACUCACACAGGACCUGCUCAAUCAUCAGGAUUGUUACAUCCUGGACCAGGGGGGCCUGAAGAUCUUCGUGUGGAAGGGGAAGGAUGCCAAUGCUGAGGAGAAGAAGGAAGCCAUGAGCCAAGCACUGAACUUUAUCAAAGCCAAGCAGUACCCACCAAGCACGCAGGUGGAGGUGCAGAAUGAUGGGGCCGAGUCUGCCGUCUUCCAGCAGCUCUUCCAGAAGUGGACAGUGCCCAACCGGGCCUCAGGACUGGGAAAAACCCACACCAUAGGCUCCGUGGCCAAGGUGGAGCAGGUGAAAUUUGAUGCCACGUCCAUGCAUGUCAAGCCUGAGGUGGCUGCCCAGCAGAAGAUGGUAGACGACGGUAGUGGGGAGGUGCAGGUGUGGCGCAUUGAGGACCUGAAGCUGGUGCCUGUGGAUUCCAAGUGGUUAGGCCACUUCUAUGGGGGUGACUGCUACCUGCUACUCUACACCUACCUCAUUGGCAAGAAACAGCACCACCUGCUCUACAUCUGGCAGGGUAAGCAGGCCAGCCAGGAUGAAAUCACAGCCUCGGCAUAUCAAGCCGUUAUCCUGGACCAGAAGUACAACGGUGAACCAGUGCAGAUCCGGGUCCCAAUGGGCAAGGAGCCGCCCCACCUCAUGUCCAUCUUCAAGGGACGCAUGGUGGUCUACCAGGGAGGCACCUCCCGGGCUAACAGCGUGGAGCCCGUGCCCCCCACACGUCUGUUCCAAGUCCAGGGCACCAGCGCCAACAACACCAAGGCCUUUGAAGUCCUGGCCCGGGCCACCUCCCUCAACUCCAACGAUGUCUUUGUCCUCAAGACCCAGUCCUGCUGCUACCUGUGGUGUGGGAAGGGUUGUAGCGGGGACGAACGGGAGAUGGCCAAGAUGGUGGCUGACACCAUCUCCCGGACGGAGAAGCAAGUGGUGGUGGAAGGGCAGGAGCCAGCCAACUUCUGGAUGGCCCUGGGCGGGAAGGCCCCCUAUGCCAACACCAAGAGACUGCAGGAAGAAACCCUAGCCAUUACCCCCCGGCUCUUUGAAUGUUCCAACCAGACCGGGCGCUUCCUGGCCACAGAAAUCCCUGACUUCAAUCAGGAUGACUUGGAAGAGGAUGAUGUUUUCCUGCUUGAUGUCUGGGAUCAGGUCUUCUUCUGGAUUGGGAAGCAUGCCAAUGAGAACGAGAAGAAGGCAGCAGCCAUCACAGCGCAGGAGUACCUCAAGACCCACCCCAGCGGCCGUGACCCUGAGACCCCCAUCAUUGUAGUGAAGCAGGGACAUGAGCCCCCCACCUUCACAGGCUGGUUCCUGGCUUGGGACCCCUUCAAGUGGAGUAACGCCAAAUCCUACGAGGAGCUGAAGUCAGAACUUGGAAACCCUGAGGACUGGGGCCAGCUCACUGCUGAGAUCACAAGCCCCAAACUGGACGUGUUCAAGGCUAACAGCAACCUCAGUUCUGGGCCUCUCCCCAUCUUCUCCCUGGAACAGCUGGUAAACAAGCCGAUGGAUGAGCUCCCAGAGGGUGUGGACCCCAGCAGGAAGGAGGAGCACUUGUCCGUUGAGGAUUUCACAAAGGUCUUGGGGAUGACUCCAGCUGCCUUCUCUGCCCUGCCUCGAUGGAAGCAACAAAGCCUCAAGAAAGAAAAAGGACUAUUUUGAGAAGCAAGCGUAGCUGUGGUUGUAAAGCACUACCCUACCCUGCUUGCGGGGGUAGGGGGGGGUUUCAUUGUUUUUAUUACUGCUAUCAUCUAUGCCAAUUGGAGGGAAAAUUUAUAGUUGUACCUGUGAGCAGCAGAACCUGUGGCAAUGCCACUUGUUUGUAACCUACCUAAAGAGGAUGCCUCCAGAAGG